CAGAACCUGAGAGAUUCGAGGAGCUAACGUAUUCACGAGACUACCUCCCAACAAAGACAAGUCCUUCAAAAUUGUUUCGAACAAAAGUGUUUUGAAUAAAGACCCACAUGUUUUCGAACAUGUGUGUAUGGCCUUACAAAACCCAUCAAGUACUCUUUUUAAUUUGUGCCUUCUCUUUCUCUUCCCAAUUUCAUGACUUGAGUCCCUACCUAUUUGUCUCUCACUACCCCACACGUGUCACUUUCAGUCACUUCCAUUUAUAAUUGCAUCUCUCUCUCUCUCUCUCUCACUCACACACUCAAAACCUAUUCGUAUUCUUUACUAGCUUUCUUCUAAGUCUUCACUCUUUUAUCAUACCUUGUUUAGAUUCUGAUUGUUCACGUGUCUCUGUCUUGUCUUGUCCCUAAUCCUUAAACAUUUCACUUAACCUCGUUGAAAGCUUAAACCUUUUCUUAAGUUUCUCUUUUAGUGGUGUUUGCUCAUCGAUGAUCAUCUAAUGUCACUUUUAUGCUCUUUCCUCUCAAAGAUUCUAAUUAACGUCACUUUUAUGAAUUCUCAGUAUAAUAUCACCAAGAAACACACACACUCUCUCUUUCCUCUCUCUUACAGCAAAUUCUAUGACGAUGAAGAGAGCUUUACCAUCUCCUUCCUCACUGCUCUUCUUUCUCCUGAUAACACCACUCUUUCUCUGUCAAGAAAACAGAGUCUCUGCCUCAAUGCCUCCAUCUGAGUCAGAAACUCUCUUCAAGAUCAUGGAAUCAAUGUCUUCUGAUCAACAAUGGCGUCAAUCCCACCCAAACCCUUGUGCACCUGGCUCAUCUUGGCCAGGCAUUGAGUGCAAAACCGGUCCAGACCACUUAUCUCACGUCUCUCGGCUCGAUUUUGGCUCUGCUCCAAACCCUUCUUGUAAAUCCUCUGCUUCUUUCCCUUCUUCAAUCUUCUCUCUGCCUUUUCUCCAAUCAGUCUUCUUCUUCAACUGCUUCACUCACUUCCCAACCACAAUCAUCUUCCCCAUUAAGCUCCUCCCAAACUCUUCUCUUCAACAGCUUAGCCUCAGAUCAAACCCUUCUCUCUCAGGUCAAAUCCCUCCUCGCAUUUCUUCUCUCAAAUCAUUACAGAUACUCACUCUCUCACAAAACCGGUUAACCGGAGAUAUCCCUCCGGCGAUUUUCUCACUGAAAAGCCUCGUACACCUCGAUCUCAGCUACAACAAGCUCACAGGUAAAAUCCCUGUGCAACUGGGGAAUCUCAAUAACCUCGUUGGCUUAGAUUUAAGCUACAAUUCGUUAACCGGUACAAUCCCUCCAACGAUCUCGCAACUGGGUAUGCUUCAGAAACUCGACCUCAGCUCAAAUUCUCUCUUAGGAAGAAUCCCAGAAGGUGUUGAAAAGCUUCGUUCUUUAUCUUUCAUGGCGUUAAGCAACAACAAACUAAAAGGAGCUUUUCCAAAAGGAAUCUCGAAACUUCAGAGUUUGCAGUACUUCAUAAUGGAUAAUAACCCAAUGUUCGUUGCUCUCCCUGUUGAAUUAGGGUUCCUACCUAAACUUCAAGAGCUCCAGCUCGAGAAUUCAGGAUAUUCCGGCGUAAUCCCGGAGAGUUACACCAAAUUGAUGAACCUUAGCUCGUUGUCUCUGGCUAACAACAGAUUAGCCGGCGAAAUCCCAUCUGGGUUUGAGUCACUGCCUCACGUUUUCCAUCUGAAUUUCAGCAGGAACUUACUGAUCGGCGUCGUACCGUUUGAUUCGAGUUUCUUAAGACGGUUGGGUAAAAACUUGGAUUUGAGCGGGAACAGAGGAUUGUGUUUGAACCCGGAGGAUGAGUUCAGUGUCGUUAAGACCGGAGUUGAUGUCUGCGGGAAGAAUGUUACUGGUGGUGGAGUUUUACCGGUGCAUUCACCGAAGAAGAAAUCUCAAGCUGCUCCUUCUCGGUAUUACAGAUCUUGCUUCUUCUCCAAUGCUCUGUUUCAAUUUGCUCUGUUUCAAUUUGCUCUGUUUCUUAGUUUACAUCAACGAUUGGUUCUCUAAGAGGGAGGAUAAAGACAAAAAAAACAGACAAUUAAAUAUUUGAUUAAAUCCCUAAAAAAGAGGGAAGAUUUGUGUUUGUUCCCAAAGUAGACCGAUGAUUUCAAGGGAAAUAAAUUAAUAGUCGAUUUUGAUGUGUAUUAGCUUCCUAUUAAAGCAAUGUACGUUAAUGUUGUUUUUUAUAUAGUUUAAUAUUAAUCCUAGUAGUAUUUUUCAGAUU